GAAUCAGACUCCCAAAUGUACUGUUUAUCGUCGUUAUGUUUUGUUGUUACAAUGACUUUAUCCGCAACUAAGAAGGCCGAAUAGAAUCCAACACCAAACUGGCCAAUCAUAUCGUUCAUGUCCUGAGCCGUAGACGCAUCUUGCAUUUUACUCAAAAAUUCGGCAGUGCCCGAUUUGGCUAUAGUACCCAAGUUGUUAACGAGAUCCUGUUUGGUCAUACCGAUACCAGUAUCAGUAAUAUGAAGCAUUCCUGCCUCCUUGUCGGCUUUGAUACGGAUAUUCAACUCAGGAUUUGAAUCCAGCACAUUUUUAUCUGUCAGUGACAACAAACGUAUCUUAUCCAAAGCAUCAGAGGCAUUAGAAAUUAAUUCCCUGAGGAAAAUCUAUAAAAAAAAAAUUGUUACAAAAUAUCUUUAAAAUAAGAUUUCAAACUCACUUCUUUAUUUCUAUAUAAAGAGUUGAUGAUGAGUUUCAUCAUCCGAUUAACCUCCGUUUGAAAAGUGAAUUUUUCCGCUUUCUCGCGUAGUUCUUUUAGCUGGGCAACAUUGAGACCGUCCAAUUUAAUUGCUUCUUCUUCCCUUUUAACGACUUCAUCAUCUGAAAAACGUACAGGUAUUGAUCAAACAUGAGUGAACAACAAGAGAAAACAAAUCAGUCGGGUUUUAAGAAAAAAAAUCCUUUCAAACUGUGUUUCGCUCCACAAAAUUUAAUUGGAAAGUCUAAUAUACAAAUUGGAAAACCAUUAAAGUUACCAAGUACAAUUACACCCAAAUUUUAUUGUAAACAUGAAUCUGAGUUCCAAUGCAAAAACGAUGAUUUAAAAAAACAAUUAGAAUAUUUAGAUGUAAAAGGACCCAGAGAAAAAUACAAGGACCCACUCACUGAAAAUCAAAGGUAUGGUUGGUAUCAAGUGCAAUUAACAGAUUUGGACAGGUCUGACAGAAGACUCCACUUUGCCAAACAAACAAAUCCCAUUGUAAAAGAACACUUAAUGAAUUACGAAAAUAUACGUUAAAUUACCUGUUCUUGACCCUUCUCUACUAGCCCCUAAAUCCAAGUCAACCUUUUCGACCGUUCCUUCCCCAAUAGAUUCAUCUGCUCUUGUGAAUCCUAAAAAUGCUAAUUGAAAACCACUAAAAGCUAAACUAAUUUUUAUAUUUACCAAUUAAAAGCAAUAAA